AUGGCGGCUCCUGCUGAGUUGGGAAGCUUGUUUCGAGAAAUAGUUCAAGAAUGGCAAGGUGAACAUGGGAAGGCACCCUCGCCAAAGGAAUUUGCAGAGGUGACAGGCUUGACCGUGGGAGAAGCCAAAGACGUAUUGGCUGAGAUCGCGGAGGAGAUGCCAGCACCUCCCAAGAAACCAAGGCGUGCAGCUUCGAAAGUGAAGAGACCUGCGGCCGCUAUUGACUCUAUUCGUACAGUUGGCAAUGGUGGCUGGGAGUCGGACAUGGAGCCAGAUCUUCCUGACACUCUGCCCGAUGAGGUUCAGGAGGUUCCGCCUGACAACCAGCUGGGGGAGCUUCCUGACCCAGAGGAAGGAGGCCAUGAAGAUGAGGUGCCUGCAGCUGAUGAGAUGGAGACGCAGGCUGCAGGUGAGUUGGAAACUCCCAGCAGGAAGGCUCAAGAGAAUGAGACUGCCCUUGCUGCUGUUCCGACGUCGGGCCUGUUCCGUGGAGAAACCAAGAGGUCCAUUGCGACCUUGCUUGAGGGUCAAGACCUGCUGCGUGGCAAGUCGAGUCAUGAAGAAAAAGAGGAUGCAGAAGAACACCGGAGCGAUGCUCCAGGGACGUCCCAGGUUGCUGAGAUCAACUCCAAGACCUGCAAGCGACAGUGGAACUUGCUGGGACGUGUCGCAAAUGGACCCAGAGCUGCGCAGUUCCCACAGCUGGCUGAAAUGUUUCGUGGUGACAACAACUCCAAACUGAAAGCCUUGAAGCUUUACAUGGAUGCGAAUGAAGAUUUGGGACAGUGCGAGAGCCAAAUCACUGUCCAAAAGACCCACAUGGAAACGUUCAACCACAAGCGUAAGUGGUUGACAAUCAAGCAGAUGAAGGAGGCAGGGUUCAGUGAGACUUUUGGCUGCAACUUUGUCCUUUACUGUUUUGCCAAGCUGCAAUGCUUGCACAUCCUCUGCUUUGACUCCUACGCCCCGUUGGAUGAUGAGAGCACCCGCUACAGGGCAAGUUUGGAAAUGGAGGAAGACGAAAAAUUCCAGAACAAGACUUCGCUGACCACAAAAGGUGUUGUCUCCAAUGCGGAUGCCUUUAGUGUCUUUCGCCAGGGUAACCCACAGGCAGCUGCCACUGUGAUGAGUGCUGACCCCAUGGCUUUGGUGCGGCAACAGCUGGCCUUGCAAGCCCCAGCGGCCCCAGCUGCACCCCCUGCUGCGGCACCAGCUCGCGGUGGUGCAGGCAAGGCUAAGCCGAAGCCAAAAGCGAAGGCUCAAGCAAUUUCACCGUUGUCUGAAGUCGCGCUGGCGGGCAAGACAGUCCAAGACAAGACGGUACUCGUACGUGAUGCCAUCAGCUGGACUCUGUGCAUGAUCAUUCUUUCAAGCAACGAAGUCAAAAAAGAGCUCAAUGCCCUGCAAAGCCUCAAGCUUGACUGCGGAGAUCACAGCAGUCUGCAUGAGGGAAAAGAUGCCAUGACAAAGCACAUCGCAAGCCUCACUGCCCACUUCAGCAGGAUCCAGCAGGUCACUGAGGAAGCAGACUUUGCGCUCACAUUGAAGAAGAUCCAAGCUGUGGCUGAGAGUCGCUUUGAACGAGCCAAAGUUGGAGCCAUGCUCAAAGAGCUGCGCAAGUUUGCUUCCCAGUUGCAUCUUUUGCCUCCUUUUGGCUAUCCACGUCUAGAUAUCCUAGGGGAUAUGCUUGAGUUCGACACGGUGUCUGGUACAGGCAUCUCUGCUCUGCGGAGAAAGUUAGACGAAAGGCCAGGCACCGAUAAGGAUGACAGAAUGUACCAAUCGCUGGUGAAAGCAGAUUUGGCUGUCAAGGAUGUCAUCUCACACAUUGAGCUGCCCAUGAUGACAGAUGAGGGAGUCCGGUUUUUGUCUUGGCCCAUCCUUUUGCCACACCGUUUAGCAACGCAACUGCUGUUGAAUGGCUACAGAGAGCACCUUGGAUCUGCCGAUCAGCAGUAUUGGGAUAUCAUGGCCGAAAAAUUUGGUGUCGAAAAGCCACCGGCUACAGAUGCCAUAGGUUUGCAACUGUGGGGGGAUGAAGGCCAAAUCUUUGAAAAUGAGCAAAUGAUGGCAUUCCAGUGGAGCUCUGAGCAGUCCCCUUGGUGGCAAGAUGCCAAGAGAUCCAGGUUCUUAAUUUGUCUUGUGCCUGUCUCAAAGUAUGUCAUCCGCAAUAAAGUCAAUCUGACUUUACAGGCGGUAGUGAAAGAACUUGUGCGGUCCCUCAAUUGGUGGCGUGAAAACCCCAUUGAAGCCUUGUGCGCGCAGGUCACCAACGUGAAAGGCGAUUGGAAGUACAUAGGUCAACUUCUGAAUUUGCGCAGAAAACCUGACUCCAACUCUGUUUGCUUUCUGUGUGAAGGAACAAAAAAUUUGGAUGUUCCUAUCACUGAUCUUAGUCCAGAAGCUGCAUGGCGGCGGCUUGUUCCCACUCCACCUUGGCACCGAGAGCCUGAAAUUUUGCAGCUGAAACAGUUCAACAUGGCUUUAGUGGGGCUCGACAUUAUGCACAUCUUCUACUUGGGGUGUGGUCGAGACCUUGUGGCCUCGGUGCUGGUCAUUUUGCUUCGCAUGGGCAAAUUCGCUGGGUCGAACGCCGGGAGCCUACGUCCGGUCACUGCACUUGAUCGUGUUUCCUGCAUGUUCUAA